CGCGCACACACUACACACUACUCAAGCGCGACUCGCGUAGAAAAGCGGAGGUUUUUUCGCAUCCUCUCCUCAGCAGGCUGGCAGGCAGUGAGCGAGGUGCAGACAGUUUGUGACUUGUGUUGAGGAAAAUUGUAAGAUGGCUGAAAAGUACAAAUUAUUUCGCUUCGAGUGAAAUUUUCAACCCUUCCGGGUUGAAGUGGCCAGGGCGCUUGUUAGCAAAUUACACACCAUCGGUGCGGUACGAUGGUGAACGGUUUAUGAGUUGCCACUAUAGCAUACCGAAACAAAUCCAAAAAGGUGCAACCCUUCAAACACGAAAGUGACGCCCCAGUUUUUUUCUCCUGACGCCCCGGAUAUAUACGCUUAAAGUUCAUGGACGAUUUUUCAGCGAAAAACAAGAAAAUAGGUGAUAGCCAGUUACUGUUUAGGAGGGCGACAGAAGAUUUCAGAAAGUCAUUCGGUUCCGGAAGAUUAUGUCCAAUCUGUAUGCGAAAAUUUCCCAGCGCCCAAUGAAGAGGAAUGAAGAGCAGAUUUUUUCAGUGUUCCCAUAUCAUAAUAUUGAGAUGUUCAACGUGCUGGCCCCGUUUCACCAAAACAGUGCCGCAGCCGCUACCGCCACAGCCGGUGCCGCAACCGGUGGCAGUGUCGCCGCGCCAGGCGGUCUGAACGGCCCGGGAAGCCGCGGUGUGGAGAAUAUGCAAGUGACUCAGCCCUGCAGUGCGCCAUCGUCGCCGACCAUCACUUCACCCGGUGCCCUCAGUUCGACUUCGUUCUGUCUGCCGACGGGAAGCAACAGCAGCGGCAGUAGUGCCAGUGGAGGUAGCUGUGUCAUUACCAGCACCACCGCAGCGGAUACCGGUGAUCCAAACUGGCAAGCCACGAAAAGUACGGUCCGGGAACGAAAUGCGGCCAUGUUCAACAACGAUCUGAUGGCGGAUAUUCGCUUCAUCGUCGGAACCGAUGAGCAAGUGCAAACCAUACCGGCUCACAAGUACGUGCUUGCAACCGGAAGUUCCGUGUUCUAUGCCAUGUUUUACGGAGGACUAGCCGAGAACAAACAAGAUAUCAAAGUUCCUGACGUCGAGCCGACUGCUUUUCUAACGCUAUUGAAAUACUUAUACUGUGAUGAGAUACACCUGGAGGCGGACAACGUGCUGGCCACGCUAUACGUCGCCAAGAAGUACAUCGUACCGCAUCUGGCACGGGCCUGUGUCAACUAUCUGGAGACCAGUCUAACGGCGAAAAAUGCCUGCCUACUGCUCAGUCAGUCGCGGCUGUUCGAGGAACCGGAACUGAUGCAACGCUGCUGGGAGGUUAUCGACGCCCAGGCGGAAAUGGCAAUCAAAUCCGAAGGCUUUGUCGAUAUCGAUCUGAAGACGUUCGAGACCAUUCUGGCCCGGGAGACGCUCAACUGCAAGGAGAUUCACCUGUUCGAGGCAGCGCUGAGCUGGGCCCAGGCCGCCUGCAGCAAAAUUGACAUCGAACCGACCUCGAACAACAAGCGGCAGGUGCUCGGGCAGGCACUGUAUCUGAUCCGCAUACCGACCAUGUCGCUGGAGGAGUUUGCCAACCGGGUGGCCCAGCUGGGCAUCCUGACCAAUCAGGAGACAAUCGAUAUAUUUUUGAAUUUUACCGCUAAGAAUAAGCCCAAGCUGACGUUUCCGGUGAAAAGUCGGGCCGGGCUGAAGACACAGGUCUGCCACCGGUUUGCUUCGUGUGCCUAUCGGAGCAAUCAGUGGCGCUAUCGGGGUCGCUGCGAUUCGAUACAGUUUUCGGUGGAUAAGCGGAUCUUCAUUGUGGGAUUUGGUUUGUAUGGAUCUUCGACUGGUGCGGCAGAUUAUGAUGUUAAGAUCGAAUUGAAGCGGCUGGGUCGUGUGCUGGCGGAGAAUAGUACCAAAUUUUUCUCGGAUGGUUCAAGCAAUACGUUCCAUGUUUUCUUCGAAACACCGAUCCAGAUCGAACCGGAGUGCUUCUACACGGCCUCGGUCGUGCUAGAUGGAACCGAGCUGAGUUUUUUCGGACAGGAAGGAAUGAGUGAGGUUUGCGUCGGAACGGUCACCUUCCAGUUUCAGUGCUCCUCGGAGAGCACCAACGGUACCGGUGUGCAGGGAGGCCAAAUUCCGGAACUAAUAUUCUACGGUCCGAUGGGCGUCAGUAGCCAUAGUGCUGUUUUGCCUACCAGUAGCAGCGCCAAUUCCAUCAACAACAACAACAACAACAGCAAACCGAACUCGUCGGCAACUAGCGGAUCAAACUCUUGCUCGACACUGCACAAUGGCAACGGAAGCAGCUAUUCCAACGGAAAUGCAGAUAAUGGGCCAAACCUGCUGGCCAACAAUGGGCUCGGAACAAUCGCUUUGCUGAACAAUGAAAGUGAAUGAGUGGGACAUGUGGUCCGAAAAUACGUGAUAUGAAUAGAAAAGGAUCAAAUCUUUGUUGAGAGUAACCAAUUUUGGCAGAACAAUUACUUAUUCAAACACAAAUACAUACAAACACUUACAAGAUGUACACAGUCUGUUUAGUAGUAACAGGGUGGAAAAUUUAGCAGUAGUGAAAAGUUUGUAGAAUCAAAAAUAAUCAAAUAGCUGACAAAUAUUGAAUCGGUAAGUUUUCGUUUGUGAGACAAUUCUAUGUUCGUUUGGCUGUCCUUUUUUGCCUUGCACCUAGUGGCCCAUUCCGGGUUAUCCAUAAUCCAAACAGAUAAGUGUAGAGGAAAAUCAUAGAACACGUCGACGUAAGUUCUUUUUGUUUUUAUUUAAGUUGAAUAUCAAAGAAAAUGGAAUAAAUAGAAGGAUUUGACCUCCGCUAAAAGGUGAGUGCAAUCGCUGUUCAUGAUACUUUUUACUGUUCAAUUGCCCAUUAAUCCACAAUGAGAGUUCCAUAUUGAAAAGCAGCAAGUCGAGAAAUACGCUAUUCAAAAUUUGCAUUUUUAUUAGCCUUAUGAAUGGGACAACCAUGUUUUGGUGUUUUCCUUGAUAUUUUCUGAACAAACCUGGUAAUUCUAUUAGUGAAUCCGGUUGUCGAGAAACGUUCAAUCAGGUUCCGCAAUUCUAACUCUCGCGAGUAGAGAAUAAUCAUUUUCCGGAUAACAUGGGUUAAGAUGGGGUGACAACAUCAGAGAAGUAAAAACCCAGGACAGUCGUAAGGGGACCCCGCCUUCCCGCAGAUGCAAAGUUAAUUUGACGCUACUUCCGGCUCGUGCCUGGCAGAUUGUUUCCCAAGCUUUCGGUAGUGAAAAAAAUUUGCGUUCAAUUUUUGCAGAUUGCUGAAACCAACCGAAUCUUUCCUGCAUGAGAAUGUGAUCACCCAGCAUUUCUACAGCUUUACACACGGGCGGUUCUUUCUAUACCAAUCAACAAAAACUUGAUACUGAUGUUGGAGAAUUCUUCAAUCUUCAAUUGAGCAAAACAGACGAAAUAUCUUGAGAUCAUGUUAGUCGUGAGGUCUUCAGCACUUUCAUUGAGGUGCAGCAGAAACAUCAACAGUACCGGGUGCCUUCCUUAGGGUAUGUGUUAACGUUGACGUAAAUGUGGGUAAGCCUGUCAAUCACUAAGAUCCGUAAGAUAGGAUAGAAACAACAAUAAACAUUAUUAUUGAUUCCAAAUAACUGCAUUUUAGUGAUUGUUAUAUCGCAGUUCAAUUUACUAGAAGCGGCAGAUUGUUAGGUGUAAAUAAUAUCAAAUCGAUCGCGACAUUCUAUACUUUCUAUUAUGUAGGAUAUUAUAGGAUUGACACAGGAAUCCAUGUUGCUGGCAGUGAGCCUUAGGAGAUUCCAGAAUUACCAGCUCGAAAAACUUCGAGACACCACUCAAUAAAGUUAUUUCAAGAUAGUGAUGGACGUCUCGCUUAUUUCCCUUUUUAUGGACUGGAAACAGGUUCGCGAAUUUCCAGCAAGAAUAUAUGUUACUCAUGAAAAUAUGUUACGGACAAGAAAUGCUCGAAAGACGGGAACAAACGAAGUCACCAAAACGACCGCUGGGUCCAAGAUUGCAAGACGAUUUAAACCUAGAAGACGCUAAUGUAAUUAUCGUUUCGUCAACAUCUAUAACGCUCAGGGUCCAAUUCCGAUUGCUGAUAGUCAGCUAGCCAAAUCGGACAUUAUUAGCAGGUCGCUGAACGUGUGGUAUGCAGUAAGCGCUGUUCUUAUUGCGAAUGCUUCGGCGGACACGACACAGCAUUGCGGCGGAAGGCCAACCAAUAGUGUUCUCCAAAAACUCCCGCGCCUACUGUGUUAUCGUCUUUGGAACCAUCGUUAUAGAAUGAAUGAAACGAUCUGGCAUCUGAAUAGCUGGACGAACGAUUUCCGAAGAGUCUCAACGCUUUUAUGCGUUUCUUUAUGACCCACAACAUCUGUGGCUUGGGCUCGUACAAUUUUCAAGCAGUUAGGCAUUAUCCUUGCUUUUUUCAACAUACGGAUAGCUAAUCGUGUUUUAUAGCAGAUCAAAUGGCAAAGUACCUGCUUCAGCCAUAAUGGCUAGGAUUGUACUUGUGACUUAUGCUCCGGAUGCGAAUCUUUUCAUCCUGAUGUAUGCAGGCGUAAAAGCUAGGAUGACGACAUCUCCUCCUCCGAUUACGAGCCCCAUGCUGCAAAGCAUCCUGGCUCGAUUUGCAGUAGAAAGGCGCGAUGACCACGUGUGAGUACUUCUCCAGACAUUUUCAAUAUGUUCAGCAUGGAUCGUAGGCCUUUUUCGUAACUUCACUGUGCGCUUUAAAGUUCAGCAUUCCGACUAGCUGAUAACACAAUCCUUGAGAUUAAGUUACUCUACAAACCAAGAAUGCAAUGAGCUGCAUGGAUUAUGUAUGACCCUACCUUUUUGUAUUAGUUAUAAAAACUUUGUUGCUUAAAUUAAAACUUUAGGAAGAGUUGUUCAAAGGACAUGCGACUUAAGUAAUUUGGCGUUCCCUCGUAGUGUGCUAACGUACUAAAAUAAUCGAUUUUAUACGAGUUGUUAUAGCAAAGUACUAGUCACGUAAUGAGUAAAGGUUUGGCGUUUAUUUGUUGCGUUAAGAUAUGAGUUUUCGUUUUUCAUAUAUCAUCAACUUCAAAUCAAAUAGAGAAUUAAAGUUUAAGCAAAAUGCAUGAGUGUUGCUAAAGACAACUGAACGGUAGUUGAGAUUUAAAAAAAUACUCAAAAAUUUAACGGGAAGCAAACAAAAUGGAACAGCAUAAAUACAAAUGCGAAACAUAUAGCAACAAUAUAAAACUAAUCAAAUCAUAAGCGACGGUUUCCUCCUAGUAUGUAAGUUGCAGAGAGAAAGUGAUUAAAAGUCCUCGCUUGUAGGCCAGCAAAGAGGAAUUUGAGACAAAACCCAAAUGAAACUUUAAAACAAAAGAAAAGUUUAAUGUUAGAAUGAUUAUAGAAAAAAAAAACAAGACUAUACAAUAUCUACGAAACAACAUUUAACACAAUUAGAAUGAGGUUUAAAUUGAAUAGAAGAACCACAUCUAGAUGAUGACUUUGAUAAAUGAAACAUAGUUCGUAGUUGUAAUUCCCUUACUUCUAACAAACAAAUGAAUAUUAUUAAACUCCUGCGAGUUCAACGUUUCGUCAAAAGCUAGAAAUUUAACGUUCCGUUGCUGGCUAAACACAAUUUAUUUAAUUAAAUUACACUUUUUAGUCACAUUCAUUUCAUCUGGUCAAGUAUUUCCCAGAGCAGUAAUAGAUAUCUAAAAACUACAAAAAAAAAUAAAUAGACUUUGAUUAGAAUACGAAAGAUGACAAUUUGCAAUGAAUCUCAUUAGGACUUAUUAUGCAUUAUAUAUACUAAAGCAGUUAUCAACAGAAAGGUUGGUACUGUUUAAAACAAAAAAAUACUGAAUAAAACAUUAGAAGCAGG